ACGGUAGUUUCGAGGCUUUUGGAGUGAUGGCGGAUUGAACACUGAAUAGAUAAUAGAUGGUGGCUGUAAUUUAUUUCUUUGAGAUCUGGUCCUCCUACAAUCACAGUUCACCUUUACUCCUCCAGCAAAUCAGCAUUAAAUGCUGGAAUAUUUUCCUAUCAGUCUACAAGUGAAGAAGAAAUACUUUAUGAAAGAAAUGUGAGAACAUGAGUGAUCCAGAACCCUGCAGAAUAAAACAUGAAGAUACUGAAGAAGAAAAAGACUUGAUCAAAGAGAAUGAGAAAGAGACCGAAGACCUGAGUGAAGAAGAGGAGAAACCUGUCAAAUCUUUGAGUCACCCACAGACUGAGAAAAUGUUUUCCCUGAAAAGAUCCAAAAAAUCUUUAACCUGCCUUCAUUGUGGGAAGAGUUUCACGUGUAAAGGAAACCUUAAUGAACACAUGAAUAUUCACACUGGAGAGAAACCACACACAUGUGAUCAGUGUGGGAUGAGUUUCAGACAUAAAAGAAACCUUAAUGAUCACAUGAAUAUCCACACUGGGGAAAAGCCACACACCUGUGAUCAGUGCGGGAAGAGUUUUGCCCGUUCUAGGUAUUUUAAAUCCCAUAUGCUCUCUCAUUCUGGAGAAAGACCAUAUAACUGUGAGCAGUGCGGUAAAAACUUUUCUCUGGCAAAUUCCCUGAAGAACCACCUGAUCGUUCAUUCAGAGGUGAAGCCUCACCUGUGUUCGUUGUGUGGAAAGAGUUAUAGUCAGCUGGGCUUUUUAACACAGCACCAGAAAAGACACAGCGGUGUGAAGGAUCAUUUGUGCUGUUAUUGCGGGAAGACUUUUAUUACAAAUAAAGAGUUAAAACAGCACCAGAAGAUCCACACUGGAGAAAAACCUUACAGGUGUUCACACUGUGACAAGAGAUUCAAUCGUCCGGGGAUCUUGAAAUCACAUGAGAGGAUCCACACCGGAGAGAAGCCGUUUCACUGCCAUACAUGUGGCAAAAGUUUUACUCAUUGUAGUUCUCUGCAGAAUCAUAAAAAAAACAAAUGUCUGAAAUAAAGCUGAAUUUAUGGAAAUACCAAGCUCUUGCCAGUACAAUGAUGCAUCUUCAGCAAACGUGACAGUCAAUUUGCUUUAUUUAUUUAGUAACCAUUGGGUUUUUUCACCCCGUAAUAUAUACAACAGUUAUGUUGCAUUAUGAAGGAAUUAUUAUUACAGUUAUUUAAUAUACAUGUUCCUGUGUAUUUUGGGAAGCUGUAAAAGCAUCUUAACACUUUUUAGUGGUAUACGUAUCUGGUGUUUAUUUUUAAAUUAUCUUUACUGUUGUGCUUAGAAGAUCUAGUUACUCUACCACUUAUGACAUAUUUACUAAGUGUGGAUGUUAUUAAUAAUCUUGUAGCAACAACAGCCUAUUUUUUUUUCUUUUUUUUUAUUAAUACGUUUUGGCUAUCUUGUAAUUCAAUAAAGAGAGAUACCUACCUUUUUAAAAUAUAUUAUAUAAAGGUGCAACAAAACUAAAAAACAAAAAGGGGUAUCUUUAUUUUUUGUAAAAAGCAAGCUUUCUUUUCUUGAUGAGCUGACUCCCGCUUCAGUCCACUGCUUGUGAAGGUCUUCCGAAGUUCUUGAAUCGUCUUUUUCGACAAUAUUUCCAAGGCUGUGGUCAUCCCUGUUGCUUGUGCACCUUUUCCUAACACACUUUUUCCUUCCAGUCAACUUUCUAUGAAUAUAUUUUGAUACAGCACUCUGUGAACAGCCAGGCCUUUCAGCAAUGACCUUCUGUGUUGAUCAUUGUCUUCUGGACAACUGCCAAGUCAGUAGUCUUUCCAAUAAUUGUGGUUAUAUUGUGGUGACAUAAUAUUGUGUGUAUUUGCUCAAGAAGAUGCAAAAGUGAACUCAAUUUGUAACCCUGAUAGUUCAGCUGAU